AGAACCGGAAACAAUUGCUGUUUCAAGGGAGGUGGGACUGGGCGGGUCAGGCCGCGGCGGCUGACGGCAGGGGAGGAGCCGGGUACACUGCCGGGUGGAGGGGCAAGGCGAGUGUCCUUAUCCUAGCAAUUGGUGCUCGGGCCUGUGAGCUAGUUGGAGUCGCGGCGGCGGGAACGACUGGGCCGAGCGGAGGAAGACAUGUUGCUUUUCGUGGAGCAGGUAACAUCUAAAGGAACUGGUUUAAAUCCUAAUGCCAAAGUAUGGCAAGAAAUUCCUCCUGGAAGUACUGAUGCCACCCCAGUAACUCAUGGAACUGACAGCUCUUGGCAUGAAAUAGCAGCCACAUCAGGGUGUCAUCCUGAGGGUAAUACAGAGCCAUCAGAAGAUAUGUGUAAGGAGUAUGAAGUAAUGUAUUCUUCAUCUUGUGAUACCACAAGAAAUACUACAGGCAUUGAAGAAUCAACUGAUGGAAUGAUUUUAGGACCAGAAGAUCUGAGUUACCAAAUAUAUGAUGUUUCUGGAGAAAGCAAUUCAGCAAUUUCUACAGAAGACCUAAAAGAAUGUCUGAAGAAACAAUUAGAAUUUUGUUUCUCACGAGAAAAUUUGUCAAAGGAUCUUUACUUGAUAUCUCAAAUGGAUAGUGAUCAGUUCGUCCCAAUUUGGACAGUUGCCAACAUGGAAGAAAUAAAAAAGCUGACCACAGACCCUGAUCUAAUUCUUGAAGUGUUGAGAUCCUCUCCCAUGGUACAAGUUGAUGAGAAGGGUGAGAAAGUGAGACCAAGUCAUAAGCGUUGUAUCGUGAUUCUUAGAGAGAUUCCUGAAACAACACCAAUAGAGGAAGUGAAAGCUUUGUUCAAAAAUGAAAACUGCCCUAAAGUGAUAAGCUGUGAGUUUGCACACAAUAGCAACUGGUAUAUCACUUUCCAGUCAGACACAGAUGCACAGCAGGCUUUUAAAUAUUUAAGAGAAGAAGUUAAAACAUUUCAGGGCAAGCCAAUCAUGGCAAGGAUAAAAGCCAUCAAUACAUUUUUUGCUAAGAAUGGUUAUCGAUUAAUGGAUUCUAGUAUGUAUAGUCAGCCCAUUCAUACACAAGCACAGUAUGCCUCACCAGUCUUUAUGCAGCGUGUAUGUAAUCCCCAUCAACAGAACUCGUUCUACAGGAUUGUGCCUCAGACUUGGUCUCCAAAUCCUGCACCUUACUUUGAAACACCACUGGCUCCCUUUCCCAAUGGUAGUUUUAUGAAUGGCUUUAAUUCACCAGGAUCUUAUAAAACAAAUGCUGCUGCUAUGAAUAUGGGUCGACCAUUCCAAAAAAAUCGGAGAACUCUUUUCAGAGCUCGAAGACGACGAGAAGAUGACAGGAUCCCAAGACCCCAUCCUUCAACAGCUGAAGCAAAGGCUCCAACACCAAAGUUUGACUUACUAGCCUCAAAUUUUCCUCCUUUACCUGGAAGUUCAUCAAGAAUGCCAGGUGAACUUGUUUUGGAAAAUAGGAUGUCUGAUGUUGUUAAAGGUGUCUACAAAGAAAAGGAUAGUGAAGAACUUAGAGUUAGUUGCCCAGUGCCUGCAGAAGAUGAGCAGACAGACUGCACUUCUGCCCAGCAGCUCAGUAUGAGUACCAGUCCUCCAUGUGCAGCUGAGCUUCCUGCAUUAAGCACAACUCAGCAAGAAAAGGAUUUAAUAGAGGAUUCUACUGUUCAGAAGGAUGUUCUCAACCAGAUAACUAUUCCAGUUUCUUCCCCAACUACUGCAAAGCCAUCAAGGGCAAAUACUGCUUCACCGUGUAAUAGUAACAUAAAUGCAGCUGUAGCUGUGGCCCUACAGGAACCCCGAAAGUUAAGUUAUGCUGAAGUGUGCCAGAAGCCCCCUAAGGAGCCAUCUUCAGUUCUUGUGCAGCCACUACGGGAACUUCGCUCCAAUGUAGUGUCUCCCACCAAAAAUGAAGAGAAUGGAGCUCCUGAGAAGCCUGUUGAGAAACCACACGAGAAGUCAGAAGCAAGGGCUAGUAAGGAUUAUUCUGGCUUCCGAGGCAAUACCAUUCCCAGGGGAGCAGCUGGAAAAAUCAGGGAACAGAGACGCCAGUUUAGCCAUAGGGCUAUACCUCAGGGAGUGACUCGACGUAAUGGCAAAGAGCAAUAUGUGCCACCCAGAUCACCAAAGUAAAAAACAAAACAAAACAAAAACUAUUCACACACUUCUCUCUCUUCCCAUUAAACUUGAGCCGUGGCUAUACUGAACUUUUUGGAGGGGAGGGGGUAGCCAGGAAGGAAGCAGGAAAAAGUAUGUCCUUAAAUCAUUAUGGAUUUUGGAGUUGUGAACAGUAGGAUCCCAAAAUUCAUCUCUAAUGUGAUUUUUAAAUGCUGGAGGAUUCCAAUCAGUAUAUAUAUAUAUACACACAUAUAUAAAAAGUAUAAUUUUUCUAUUUUUGUUUCUGAUUUUAAUUUGCAGAGAUUUUCUGCCUGGAAUCAAUUUUGAGGGUUCAGAUUUAGCUUGGGAAAAAAAAGACAUUAUACAUCCUUCAGUAUAGGAGAUGAGGGAGUGAGAGAAAAUAUUUUUUGAACAAGCAUUUCUGUAAAAUUAGAAAUUACUUUUUUUAAUCUAUUUAAAGUUUGGCUUGGAGAAUGCCAUCUCUGACUAUAUGGCCUUUUGUUGCAAAGCAGAUUGGUGGCUGGGGUGCCUGUUGUGGGUGUGAGUGUGUAGAAGAGUGAUUGAAGCCAAAUCUAUUGUUGUGUUAGUAAAUGAUUUGAAAACUGAAUGUAAUACUUGAGUAGGUUUUUUUUCCUAGUUUGAAAUUUAGUCUGUCUUUUUGACCUUACUAAUAUUUCAUUCAAGAAGUUAUUAAGCUCUGAUUGUAUUUGGAGAUGUGACUACCAAUCAGUUUGAUACUCAAGGAAAGAAUAGAGAUUAUUUAAAAAAUUGAAAAAUUUCAUCUUAGACCUGAGUAGAUAGGUCAAAUGGACUUGAGAAGUUUAAACUACCCUGUGAUUUUCCCCCCUAACAUGGGAAACAAAAGAUUUUUUUGUUAAUCUAUGUUACUCUCUGUUCUUUGCCCACCCCCAAAAGCAAAAUAACCACCUACUGAAUUGUAUGUUUGUAACUGCUUUGACCAAUGUAGUUAAAUCAUACAGGUGUUCUAAAUUUCACAUUUGAACGUCAAAGUAUUUACUCUUCUGUUCACAUAUUUAGAAUUUUAGGGCCCAUAAUGGUAGGGUAAACUGACCCUACAAUAAUUUAUUUGUGUUAGUGUUAAAAAUGAAACAUUAUAACUGACUCUUAAAGUGUUAUAGUGUAGAAGUAAAAAGAAACUUUUUUAAAAGGCUUAAUUUGUGGGGAACUUUUUUCUGUUUACAGUGUAUUUAUCACCUUCCUUCCCCUCCCCUUCUUCAAAAAAAAAAAAAACAUACAAUUUGGAAUUCACUGAAACAGAACCAGCAAGUCAGGAGAUUUUUAAGUUAAGAUGAGGAAAGUGGUUGAAGAAAAUUAAUGCAAAAUUUCUCAGUGAAUAAAGUUGUAGCUCUCAUAUAUUAAAUAGGCAAGUUUACAUGCUGGUAUUUAGGAAAUAGCUAAAAUAUUAAAAACCAUGUUGCAUUAAUGUUUUAAGUCAUACCAUGUUCAGAGUUCUAUGUAAGGUGGGUUUUAUUUUUCUUUUUAUGGAUAGUUUAUAAUAAGAAAAACUGUCCCUUAUGUUAGUGAAUUACAUAUGUACAAAUUGAAACUGUAAAUUGUGAACACUGGAAAGCACCAUUGUGACAUAGAGUAAACAUCUUAGUAAUAUAUUAAAAUGAAUGUAAAUGGAGGUUAAAAUUACAUUACUGUGAAACUCAUCUUCCAACUCUAAGUUAAGCUUUGGAGAUUUGUAUUAGUGGGUAACUGUUAAGAGCUUUGAAAACACUGCACAUUUCUGUACAAGCCAGAAUUAUUAUUUGUAACUUAUUAUUCAGCUUGGCAAUUGCUUUUGAUUUGUUGGAUUUUAUAACAUGGUAUAACAUAUUUACUCAGUUUGAAACUAUUCAUUUCUACACACUAUUUUUUAAAUCACCUACUAAAUGAAACAUACAAUAAAACUACCAGUGCUGAAAUUUGGGGGAAGUUUAGGUCCGUUUAAAAAAAAGUAUUAAUAAUCAUUGACUACAUCUAUGAUAAAACUUCUUAUUUUGGUUUACUUAGAAAAUGCUGCAGUUGGUGGAAAUGAUAAACAUUAAAAUGUUAACAUCUGCGAAUGCAUUGGAUUUAAGAGAAUAAACAUUUUAUAAAAAUCACUUGGUAAAGAUUAUAAACUUAAUUAUUGCACUUAAUAUGAAACAUUACCUAUUUUUUAACAAUGUGUCACAGAUGUAGGCUUGUAUUACAUGUAUGCUUGUAUGUCUUACUGUUAGUCUACCAACUUCUAAAAAUCUACAGAUUGUAAUUGUAACACAAGAAAAGUCUUCUUUUGAAGAAAGCAAGUGUAUUUUCACAUUUUCUCCAGACGUUAUUGAAAGCAGAAAUUUAGUUUGAAGACAUGACCAUUUUUUAAAUUUCUUAUAAAAUAUAGUGUUUUUAAUUUAAUUUGCCUCAUUACAUCUAAUAGUUCCCAUUUGAUGGGAUAUAUAGGGAAGAAUAAGUGUGUGUAUGUGUGUGUGUGUAUAUAUAAUAUAUAUAUUCACAGUAUGUAUUUAGCAUUUAUUUUAUUACAGCAGAUUUAAGGAUUUUUUCUAAAUGAUGCCUGUGAGUUGUGUGAAACUUGGCUUUUUUCCAAGCAUUACUCUGUAACUGAUGAGGGUGGGUGUUCAUUGUAGUUCAACUAUUUAUUUGGUUCUUUAGAUGGAAAAAUUUUAAUAUCAAAUUUUUCUCUUCACCUUUAUGACUUACCGUUUCCUUGGGCUAUUGGAGGCUGAAAGUAGAUAUAAAUGAUACUGAAUGUUUGGUACAGUGAUGUUCUGCCGUAAGUUCUUACUGCAUGAAAAGAACAAGAGUCAUUCAUGUAAGUUCAUUACCUUGCAGUUAAUAGAAAAGGUACAUAGAGACAUUGUAAAAUCUGUCUCCAUUUUCUAUCCUGAUAAUUAAGGUUUUCAUAAUAUCAAGGGCCUGUCUCUAGUCUGAGUAAUUUCAAUUUUGUCAAAAAUAGACACAUUUAAAAUAGUGUUUUCUUCUAAAUUUUUUUCAACUGGAUUUUGGAGAAAGAUAAGACUUAAGUGAUACGGGUUUGUUGUGGUCUUAAGUGCUCAAUUUACAGGUGAUCAAAUGACAUGCAUAAUUCUGAUUUAUUUUUGGUUCUUAAAAUUAAGGGUAGCUUGAAUAUUUCACAUUCCUUUUUCUUUUUAAAUAACCAGGUUUGCUUUGCAAAAGGCUUAAAUUAUGGAGUGUUAGCAUCUUCACUAGUGUUUACACUAGAAAACAAGAAGAAUGUUGCUGGAACAGAAAAUAGUAUUUAAAAGUUAAUGAACACUUCUAGUUUAUUAGGUAUGGCCUUAAUAAUUAGUCUCUUGGCUUAAAUGUCCACUGGUUUUACUAUGACACAGUUGAACAACACUGGAGUUAAGUCUCUGAUAUUUGUGUUGGCAAUAUAUAUAAACCAUAUUUUAAAAGUACCAGUUUUGUUUUUCCUUUUUUUUUUUUUUUUUUAACAGAAAUGGUAAAACUCAAAAGAGGACAUGUAUUCCUUUUAAGGGGAUUUUAUAAAUUCUUAAUUAUAAUAUAUGAUGGAUUUUUUCCCUAACAUUUUAUAUUUCCUUACAAUUUGUUGGCCAUUAAUUUAACUGGGCUUUUUGGCAUAUGCUAAUGUAGCUAGCCUGAGCUUCCAAGAAGAUACUUAGACAUUUCACUUUUUAUUUGCUCAAUGAGGAUAUUUUAAGAAGUUGAAAGAGAAUUUGUUUUCAGGUUGAGAAUCAGUUCUCUUUUAAAAUUCAUAUGAUUAUUAAAUAACUUAAAGUUUAUUUUUUAAAGCUGAGAACUUUCUAUGAAUCUUUGAGUAGACAGUUCCUAAAAGUGCAACUCAGAUAUCAACAGGCUGUGUAUUAAAUGGUUUUAUUUUCAGUUUUGCAGCACAGAACACUGAUUAGUAUAUGUAAAGAAAGAUCCAUAUCAACGUUUUCUUUUUUUUUUUUAACCUGAGUCAGGUGUCCUUUGAGUGACAACUCUUAAAUGUGAGGGGGUGGGGGUCGGAACCAGUUCUCUGGCUUCUAUUUUGACCAUUGCUUAGGUUUGUUCCUGUUGUCAAAACUGUCCCCCCAAAAGGUGUGACACAUGCUCAUGCAUAACAUGUUCAAAUGAGUACAUCCUUGUAUUUGUGUUUGUUUUCAACAUUGCCAAGGUGCUAUGGGAAACUAAAGUAACAAAAUUAGAAAAAAAAUAAAAUUAUUAAAAGCAG